AUGCAGAAGCUACUGUGGCUGGGCUGUUUGUAUUUUCUGUGCAUCCUUGGAAGUCAAGGUAGGGGGGUGAAAAGACAGGAUGACUUUGUGCUUCUUGCAGGCCCCCUGGCACAACCAGAGCUGAGAACUUUCAGCAAUGGGGAACAUGUUGCCUUUGACUGCAGUCAUCCCAUACCAGCCAACUCCAAACUGUAUUUUGAGUACCUCCACAGCAAAGGGGUGACACACGUCAAAGUCCCGCUGUCGUGGGUCCAGCUCCUUCCAACAGGCCUGUCAAGCGAACCCCAACCAGGUGUAGUUAGAUGCUACCAGACCCUCCUGAAGCAGCUGCUGGAGGAAGGACUGCAGCCACUCGUCAUCCUUCAUGGGUCAGAUGUUCCAGAGUCUUUGAGGUCCAGGUAUGGAGGCUGGGAAAGUCAGUGGCUGCUAGAGAUGUUUCAGCAGUAUGCCGAGUUCGCUUUGAAGGAGUUUGGGCCACUGGCACAGUCAUGGGUGACAUUUAGUGACCUGGAUGAGGUUUUGCAUGCGGGCCAGGCUGCAGGUGACCACCGUCUGCAAAACAUUCUCCAGCUGAACAAGAAGAUUUACCAGUUUUACCAUCACAACUUCCCUGGAAUUGGGAGACGUCUGUCAAUUGGGUUGAAAGGAAGAGAUGAAGUUGCACUUUCCCAACUUAAAGGUUCAACAACUGUUGAUUUCUUGUCAGUUGACAUGGAUUACAGCUGCGCUUCAUCAACAAACUUUGCAGAGGAGCUGAAGAACCUACAGAUUACCACUGGAAACCUGCCUAUCUUGAUAUACAGGCUGACAGUUCAUGAUUGUUCACACAAUGAACAAGAGCCUCUUCGAGACUUGCUGAACGUGGUGGAGCAGACUUCAGCAGAAUGA